UCAGUGUUUGCAUGCAUAAAUAUGAUAAUGCAGGGUGUUGAAAGGUGCCAAAGCAAACAAACAGCCACAUAAACUCCACAACAAAAUCUAUAAAGGUGUCUGCAUGGAGAGAGUCUCCUCCAUGAAUGGGGAAGUGGUGUAUUUAUCCUGGGACACAACCGGGCCCAGGUGUGUCCCAUGUCGCUGAUGACCCUCCCAGCUCCGCCCACCGGCAUCCUAAUAAUGAAUACAAGAGCAAAGAGAAAGAAUAUGGCAGACAGAGUGGGAGGAUCGUCACACAGUGGCAACAAACAUGGAAGUGAAAUACAGUGAGACCUCUGUCAAGAGAUGGAACAAGGAGCGACGUGCCUUUGACAAAGUCCCACAACCAAAAUGCAUUAACUGAUACAAUGAGCACAUGGGUGGUGUUGACCUUCAUGACCAAUAGGUUUCAAGAUACCAUAUCUCCAUCAGGUCUAAGAAGUGGUGGUGGCCCAUCUUUGCAUGGUUUGUCUUAUGCAAAAGUUUGGCCCGAAACCACUGAGUCACGGAAGGAGAUCUCUACUGGCUGCUAGUGUUGAAGAUCAGACAAGAUAUGACAAAGCUUCUCACUGGCAAAUCAACACAAUGCACUGGUUCCAGAGAUGUGACAAAUGGUGACAAACGCACUACCUAUGCAUGUCAGAAAUGCAAAGCGCCACUGCACAUUGAGUGCUUCAAGAUAUACCACGGACAGUGGAAAAGAAGAUAAGAGUGAAUGAAAAAGCCAAUAAAAGAAGAAUGGAAAAGUCAAUAAAGGGUGAGGAUAAGCAGUACAACGGACUCUAGGAAGAAAAGAAAAGUCAACAACAAAAAAAAUCAGAAUGACUGAAAUGUUUUUGGGAAAAAAAGGUAUAUUGAUUCAAGACGUACUGUAUGACAGUAGGUCUGAAUGAUCGUAGUUCAAAAUAGUGAUGCACAAACUAAUCAUGCACUUGGUUCUGAAGCCUACCUCUGAUAUAUUAUUUUAUUUUGCUCAGUGUAGGCCUCUACUUGAAUGCAUGUUCUACAGGCUACCGCGAUCCUAAAUGUUACCUGUAUGUUGAAUGUGAAUGAAUCACACGACUGCUAUACAGUUGUUUGUGAAUGUUGCACUAAAAUGUCACAAUGACAAUGUUAUAAUGAAUAUUGCACUAAAGUACAACUUCAAAUGUUACAAUAAAGUUACAAUAUUAAUGUUUCAGUACAUGUUGUAGUACUAAAGUAACAAUGUUACAAUAAAGUAACAAUGUUGAAAUGUGUUGAUGGUUGUUUUUUGUCUUUGCUCUCAGUAUUCCUAUCGGUGUUGCAUAAGGGUUUUUGAUAUGUAAAAUAGUCACACGAGAAUGUGAUGGGGCAUUCCAGUAGCAAUGCUGGGGACUGCCAGUGAGAGAGUUUUACAUAUGUUAAUAACUGGGCUGGGUUAUUUAAGAAUUUUGAUGACUGCAUAGGAGAAAUGUUAAUUCAUUAUACAUUACAUUAUCCCAUGACUGACCAUAAAACACACUUUUUCACCUACUUUUCCAUGAAAAUGUAAAAAAAAAAUAUAUAUAUAGGAUAUAUUAUUUCAAAGGAUUACUAAUGACACAGGAUUUGGAUAUGUUCAUGUAUGGGAAAAAUCGGGAUUAAAUGGGUUAAUAUCGGAGAUGGCUAUGCAUAUGAAAGCAGGUAGCAUAGCAUCUCUCGCCAUUUUAUACAGGGGGUUGACGUCAACAACCCUAAUUAAAUAUUAUUAAAAUAAUUAGACAACCACCAAUCCAAAGAGAGAAAUGGGCGGAGCCCAACAUGCCUCUUUGUGGACAAUGACUCCCAUUGUUAGGGCGGAGAGAGUAGUAUCUUGUCAGUAUAUCCUAAAUCUUUGUUUAUACCUUAACGUUUGAAUACGCCCCGGCCGCGCAGUGCAGUCUGGGGCAACGGGCGGUGUUAUCAGGGAUCCUCGGGACGUCCCUACCUAAUUGAUGUUGACAUUUCAAAUGGUUAAUGUAAGGCUAGGGACGACUCAAGCAUUCUGCAUAGAACUGACCGUGAGGCGACUGUCGCAACAAUCUACUUGAAAUGCAAACCUUUGGUCUCUCCGUUGAUCAGAAGCAUAUGUGCUAUGUACCGGAUUGUAACCACAACUCCAAUAAGCAUACGUGCAUUUUUAAAAAUCUUUUACAUUUUCGACCUCUAAGUGAAAGGCGUCGCUGGAGCCAUGUGAUAAGAUGGAUGGACUGAAAACCCAGUGACAACACUCCGGUAUGUAGCUGUCAUUUUCUUUUGGGAAAAAGAAAUGGCCCUGUAAUUACCAGAAAGGGUAGCACAUCCACCAUGGCAGAAGAGGAAGAUUCAGACUGUUGAUUGGGAAACAAGAACAAACGAUGAUGAAUGAGUAUUAUAAACAAUACGUUUUCUGUCCAGAUAAAGAUGGUAAUACAGCAUUGAAAAAGACCUCCCACUGAACAAAUGUCUCUUUGUUUUUCAGUCCAACAGGAGUGCAUCCCUCAGGCCAUCCGGUGCAUGGACAUCCUGUGCCAGUGUGAUCCGGUUGUGGAGACUCCAGUAAAUCAAGCCUGUGGCCGGACAGGCGUGGCAUGCAGAACGUCAGACUCACCCCACGAGAAGCAGUGCAUGAUCAACGCCACCCUUCGGCAAGGGGAUCUGCUGGGAGUGAUGUACUCUCUCACUCUGGGUGAUGUUUUCCUUAUGAUCCGGCGUCAGAAGACCACCAUUUUCACAGACGCCAAAGAGUCCACCACCGUCUACGAGCUGAAGCGCAUUGUAGAGGGAAUUCUCAAGAGAGAGCCUGAGGAACAGAGGCUCUUCAAGGAUGACCAGUUGCUAGAAGACAGUAAAACUCUUGGCGAUUGCGGCUUCACCAACCAGACUGCAAGACCUCAGGCCCCAGGCACUGUUGGACUGGCUUUCCGAAUGGGUGAUGAGAUGUUUGAGCAGCUGCAGGUGGGGGCAUUCUCCAGCCCUCCAGAGCUCCCUGACGUCAUGAAGCCCCAAGACUCUGGCAGCACUGCCAACGAACAGACUGUGCAGUGAUGGAGGGAGGCAUGGAGGGAUCGGGGAUGGGAGAGGGCUGUCUACAAAAACAGCCAAGGAGGUGGCAGGGUAGAGGAUAUGUACCAUAAUUUUGGGUUAAGAUGGGAUGGGGCAUGUGUAACCAAACCAGGUUACUACCAACCACCUUCACCUUAACCGAACACUCCUGGAUCCCUGUGAAUGCUUUUGCAAACAGCAGUUACUUUAUGAUAAGAACCCCCCUUCCUUGUUCCCCAGCCUUCUUGUCAGGUGUACCAUUCUGUUCAAACACUUUGGGAAUGAGUCUGACACAUGAGUGUCAGGCUCAAAUGCUCUCAUUUGAAUGAAUAACUCUGUGUUGGUUUUGAGUGUGACUCUGUGUGUGUGUGUGCAGGGUGUGAAAUUAACUUUUUGGUCCACCAGACGUAGUGGUUGGUGGAUGCCCGAAUUUUACCAGCCACUCACAUUUUUCAUCAGCCACAUUUCCCCCUGAAAAAAUGUAAAUCACAGAAAAGACUGUACCCCAUCAUGCUUUCACCACUGUAGCGUUGAGAUUCUAUUUUCCAGAAUUGACACGCAUAUUCACACUUAAAUGUUUUUUUACAUGUGGGCUUUGGAUUUAGAAAAGAAAAAUGCACUCAAAUGCUCUGCAUGACCACCCGCCAAUGUGUCUGGUAAGAAUAGACACUAUUCCAGGCAAUGCCAAACUACCAGCAUGUGGUUGGUGUUAAUUUUACCACCCUGUAUAAGUGUUAGAUAAUUAUUGUUCUUACUAUUACUAUUCUUAAAGGAAAAAUCUACCCAAAACCGCUCAUUCUUAUAAUUUACAGUGUUAAAAGAACACUAUGUGAGAACAAUAUUUCUAAUUUUGUCAUUAUAAUAAGGUUGGUAGCAACAGGUGGAAAUCGUUGUGGAAAUCUGUUGUAGCUCAAGUCGAUUACAAAACCCCCAAUGGAAUGGUCUCUAUGGGCUGGCUACAGUUGCUAGGUAGGUAGGUAGCUAGCAAGCAAGCAAACGUAGCUACAUACAAUAAUACCAAAGUCAAUAUCAGCAUGUGAAGUAGCUAGUUAUCUGUAAAUUUGCCUAAAGAAACUGCACUAGCAAUUUAGGAGUCUACAAUCUCACCAUGUUCAACAUGCAGGUCGAUGUGCCUCACAGAGGUCUGACAUUCGCAACGGCACCAUGCAAUGCUCCCUGGAUUGAAGAGGCAGACAAAUAUGAGAAAUGUGCUGGACCCUUUGAAAUUACACAUUUCUCGAGGUAGGAUUUUUGCUAAAUUAUGAUCAGUGGUUGAUUUAAGAGAAGACUACCCCUUGCGUUAUGACAUCGGGAAGUAUUGAAAUCUGACGAAUGAUAGAUGUUUUCGCGAUCUGAAAGUCAUAUUCCUAUUAACUUCCAGUGUAAUGAGAGCGGCUUUAUUGCAAUGCUAUGUCUUACCGGCCAAAUUCCUGCCUGCUUGAACGGAAAUAGCUCAGAUACACAAGAUAACAUGAAAAGACCCUGGUAAUCGAUAGAACAUCGCUCAGAGAUGCACAAAAACAUUAUAACAUUCAAAAUGGGUGAAACUUUCCUUUAAAAUGGCAAAGUGGCAUUUGUGUGUAACAAACAAUGUACUGGGAAAAAAUGUGCAUGGGUUAGGAGUCAAACGUUAAAACGUGCAAACAUGCGUGAGAGAAUCCCAUUGUAAAGAACAAGAAAAAAGACUAACGCUGAAAUCUCCACCAUCUUAUAGUCUUUCCUCAUAAAUUAUCUUCGUAUUCCCCAGUUCUCUUCUCUGAGCCACAUUCAAAAUAGUCGUGGAUGUUGUGGAACGGUUGCAGAUAGAAUUGUCAUGAAUAGAUCUGACGUGAUGGCUUAUUUUACACAAAGAGCAGCAUGUUUGUUCCACAUCAUAUAUUCUUAUCUGAACACACAGUUCCAGUGUGCUUUUCUGAAUAGAUGUCUUUUUACACUUAGACCUGGAAGGAAAACUAAUUUACACUGUAAGGUAAAUGCUGUUCUACUUAAUUAUAGCAUGGUUAUAGUUUAUUUUAUGUAUUGUGGAAAUUCUUACAUUUUCAGCCCCUUCACUCUUGUUUGUUUGAACUGAGACCAAAUGCUUGGAACUCCUGUACUAAGCAGGAGAAUCGGUUGGUUGAGGACAUCUUUUUGUGACAUUUAAAGCAAAACUUGGCAAAAGAUGUUAUCAGCAUUGGACUGGUCUUUGGGGUGGCCUGCCAUACAUCAGGUCAUGUGACAUCAGUUUCCGCCCCAAAUUAAAAAACAUAGACUGUAACUGUGAGUUUAAAUAAACAUUUGUUUAUUUUUUAAAA